UACAUGGCAGCCUAGCUGCCCUUUUUAUAGCAUGCCCAUGUCGGUUGCUAAGCGCACUCAAACCUUCUGGAUUUCUCUUUAAAGUCGGGGCAAAGCUUAGAUAUUUUCUUCACCAAUUCCAAAGCUUUACUUGCUGUCUAAAUAUAUAAUUUUAAAAACCAAAGUCAAUGUUGAAUAUCUUUCUGAUUAUUCUUUUCUGCAUGAACACGGUCGUAGUAUCAGCAAUAUCCUUACCCAGUUAUGGAAAUGAUACUGAUCGUCUAGCUUUGCUAGACUUGAAGAGUAAGAUAAUCCAAGAUCCUCUAGGAAUUAUGGACUCCUGGAACGAUUCCAUCCAUUUCUGCAACUGGGUUGGCAUCACAUGCAACCCAUCAAGCCAACGAGUAUUGGUUUUGAACCUGAUCGCUCUAAAGCUGGCUGGUUCCAUCCCACCUUCAGUUGGAAAUCUCACUUACCUCACUGAAAUCUACCUGCAAAACAACAGCUUUCAUGGGAAAAUUCCUCAAGAAAUGGGUCGUCUUCUGCAACUGCAGCUUCUUAACUUAUCGUACAAUUCCUUCGGCGGUAAGAUUCCAACUAAUAUAACGCACUGCAAAGAACUAAGAUAUUUUCUUGUAUUUGGCAACAAGCUUACCGGGUCAAUUCCAGUCCAGUUCAGUUCAUUGUCAAAACUGGUGCACUUGGAUCUUAGCAGGAACAAUCUUACUGGAACUAUCCCAGCUUGGAUAGGAAAUUUCACUUUUCUGUACUCACUUUCACUACGCCAGAACAAUUUUCAAGGAAGCAUACCUGAAGAUCUUGGCCAUCUAACAAGCUUGGGGAGAUUCGAACUCGUUGAAAAUAAUCUCUCUGGUAUUGUUCCUCCUUCAAUUUAUAAUAUUUCUUCCAUGUUCGAUUUCCAUUUUACUGAUAACCAGCUGCAUGGAAACCUACCACCAGACGUUGGCUGUACUCUUCCCAAUCUCAAAGUAUUUGCCGGUGCAGUUAACAAACUUACAGGCCCUAUUCCAAUAUCAUUGUCAAAUUGUUCUGCACUUGAGAUGCUUGAUUUUUCUCAAAAUUAUCUCACUGGUUCAGUCCCUGAAACACUAGGGAGCUUGCAAAAAGUGCGUAGGAUAAAUUUUGAGAUCAAUAGGCUGGGAUAUGGAAAAGCUGGUGACCUGAAUUUUCUCACUUCUUUGCCCAAUUGUACUGUUCUAGAGGUGUUGGGUAUGGGUACCAAUUAUUUUGGAGGAAAACUGCCCUCUUCCAUAGCCAACCUUUCAUCCUAUUUACGCAUAUUUACUAUUAGGGAUAACUCCAUAAAUGGAAAUAUUCCAAAGGGGAUUGAAAACCUUGUUAACUUGACCCUUCUGGGAUUGGAACAUAACCAGUUAAGAGGUAGUGUCCCUGAAGCAAUAGGGAAGUUUCACAAGCUACAGGAACUUUACUUGAGAGGAAAUAAGUUUUCUGGGUCAAUACCCUUUUCCUUGGGUAACUUGACUUCAUUGAGCGUUCUCUUUAUGGAGGAAAACAGGUUUGAGGGAAGCAUACCUCAAAGUCUUGGAAACUGCACAUAUUUGACGACCCUUAACCUUUCCAGUAACAGUCUCAGUGGUAACAUUCCCAGAGAGGUUAUUGGUCUUUCUUCCCUUUCAGUAUCUUUGUCACUGUCUCAUAAUUCCUUAACUGGUUCCUUACCAUCUGAAGUGGGUGUAAAUCUUGAGGAGUUGGAUUUAUCAGAAAACAAGUUAUCAGGUGAGUUGCCUAGCAAUCUUGGAAAAUGUAUUAGAUUGGAACGCCUGCAUUUGGAGGGCAAUGAAUUUGAAGGUGCAAUCCCUCAGACUCUGGAAAGUCUAAGAGGUUUGGAAGAAAUGGAUCUUUCCCGCAAUAACUUAUCUGGGUUGAUUCCAAAAUUUCUUGAACUUUCAACUCUUAAAUUUCUCAAUCUUUCUUAUAAUAAUUUUGAGGGUGAAUUGCCAAGUGAAGGGAUUUUUACAAAUGCUACUGCAGUUUCAGUUCUUGGAAAUGAUAAACUCUGUGGUGGCAUCCCGAAACUGCGUUUGACUCCAUGCCUCAAGGAAAAGCACAAUUCAACAAGAAAAUUAUUUUCUCGGAAGGUUGUAGUCCCAGUAACUUGCGCUUCUGUAUUGUUAGCAGUUAUAUUGAGCAUUUUGGUUGGUCAUUCCAUACGGAGGCCUGUUACAAAAUCUUCUACAGAUGAUUGGCAAUCGAGUAUGUCUUACUCAGAUCUUUUUGAAUGCACCGAUGGGUUCUCUGAGAACAAUCUGAUCGGUGCAGGCAGUUUUGGUUCCGUAUAUAAAGGAAUUCUUUCUAAAGAUAAAAAAAUAGUUGCGAUUAAGGUAUUAAACCUUCAGCAACAGGGAGCUUCCAAAAGCUUCCUUAAUGAGUGCAAUGCUUUGAGAAGCAUAAGACAUCGUAAUCUUCUUAAAAUCAUUUCUGCCUGCUCAAGCAUUGACCAUCAAGGAAAUGACUUCAAAAGUCUAGUUUUCGAGUUCAUGGCCAAUGGAAGUUUGGAGAAGUGGCUGCAUCAAAGAGACGACGAAGUAUGCCAGAAUAAGAGGUUGAGCCUUAUCCAGAGACUGAACAUAGCCACUGAUGUUGCUUUUGCUUUGGAUUAUCUCCAUAACGAUUGUGAAACACCUAUAGUUCAUUGUGAUCUAAAGCCAAGUAAUGUUCUUCUUGAUGAAGAUAUGGUUUCCCAUGUUGGUGACUUUGGACUCGCAAAGUUCCUCUCUGAAGCAUCAGAUAUUCCCUCAGAAAACCAAACAAUGUCUGCUUUGCUAAGGGGUUCUAUUGGGUAUAUUCCUCCAGAAUAUGGCAUGGGAGGCCAAGUUUCCAUACUUGGAGAUAUCUAUAGCUAUGGGAUACUCUUGCUAGAGUUGUUCACAGGAAAAAGACCCACUGAUGAUAUGUUCAAAGAUGGUCUAAGCAUACACCAGUUCGUUGCAAUGGCUUUGCCCAAACAUGUAACGGAUAUAAUCGAUCCUUCAUUGCUCUUUGAAGAUGAUGAUGAUGAGGAAAAUGAAAAUGACAUUGACGAGACUGAAAUCAUUGAAGUCAAUCGCCAAGUCAAGGCUGGAAGAAGAACAAAUGAUUGUUUGGUUUCAGUGAUGCAAAUUGGAGUCAUGUGCUCAAAACUCUUACCAGGAGAGCGAAUGCUUAUGAAUGCGGUUGUCAACAAAAUGCAAGCAAUUAGAGAAUCAUAUCUCAAUUCCUAGAAGACUAAAGAAUAUGAAUAGGUUUUAGUUGUUACCUUAUCACAAUAGCUUCAUCUUUAUAAGAAUAUGAAUUUGCAUUUAAAUAUAUAAAUAUCUCAAAUCCAAGAAGACUAAAGAAUAAAAAUAUGAAUUUGCAU